AUGGCAACUGGGGAAGAGCCGAGACUUUUUGAUCAUUGUUGCAUAUGUAUUGUGUGCUCCAUAGACCUCUCAAGAGAAGCUGCAGAACAGCUCGCGACAACCCUUGAAGAGAAUGGCGGCGAGCCGCUUAUCGUUCAACCCGGUGCUGAGGUCCCGGAUAUCGCCAAGUUCAGCCAUUUGAUCUCUACGACAAUUGAUUUCGAAGCCUACGAUACUUCCUGCGAUGCGUUGAUCCCGGUGGUAAAGCCACAGUGGGUGAACACCUCAUUGUCAAAGAGGAAAUUAGUCAACCCUCGCCAAUACAGCCCAGACCCACGCCUGUUCUUGAAUGAUGUGGUCGUCACCUGCGGCGACAUACCAGAGGGCGACAAGGAUGCAAUCAUUGGCGGUGUGAUUGCGAAGGGUGGAUUGUACUCCCCUAGAGUAUCUCAAAUGGUUACCCACCUGGUCGAUCUAACGGCCGAUUCUGAUAAAGCCCGCGUGAUCCAAGCAAAGAAAAUGAAGGUCAAAAUUGUGCUACCACAUUGGUUUGAUGACUGCCUGAAACUCGGCCGGCGUAUUGACGAGCGUCCAUACACACUUCCAGAUGCGGAAAUUUUGCGUGCAGGCCCCGAUGCCCCAAUUCGAUCCCGAGAAAAUAAAGAUUUGGUUGGCGCGUCGACGACAGAUCCGACCAAAUUGCCUACACCACAUGGCACGGAUGAACGGAGUGUUUUCCAGGGGAAAAAUAUCAUGCUUUCUCCUGAUCUCGGCAUUGGCUCGCAUCUGCAGGAGUCCAUCCAAGCUUUUCUUGAGCAAGGCGGCGCCAAAAUAACCCCAACAAUCGAUAGUGCAGACAUGCUGAUCUGUCGUUACCGAGAGGGAUUUGCAUACCGUACGGCGUCACGAUUAAACAUAGACGUUGGAAAUCUUGCAUGGCUCUAUCGCCUGAUGACCUUCAACACAUACACAUCGCCCCUCAGGCGACUACUCCACUACCCAGUCUCUCGCACAGGGAUUCCUGGAUUUGAAGGAUUAAAAAUCAGUUUGUCUAACUAUGUUGGUGAAGCAAGAAUCUACUUGGAAAACUUGAUCGCAGCAGCAGGUGCAGAAUGCACAAAAACCUUGAAGCAGGAGAACACCCAUUUGAUCACGGCCCACGGAAACAGCGAGAAAUGCAACGCUGCGAAGGAAUGGGGUCUCGAAGUCGUGAACCACCUAUGGCUGGAGGAUAGUUACGCGAAAUGGAAAAUGAUGCCGGCCUCGGACCCGCGCUACAGCCACUUCCCGCUGCGAACCAAUCUUGGAGAAGUCGCGGGCCAGACACAGCUCGACCGCAACGUUUUGGAACAAGUGUUCUUCGCCUCUGAAAACACGGCUGUGCCUAGCCCACGUCGCGCAAUGAAUAACAAGCACCGGAACACGGCAUCCGUGCAGCUCCCCGCCGAAAAGAAACGGAAGAUUGACGAGGAAGGUGCGAAGCCUUCGCAUGGUACCCCACAAGGAAAUGGUAAGUCGAGCCUGCCUCUUCAGACCCCUGUGCGGUCUCGGCUUUUGCCUGAGGGCAAAGAAAACGAAACCCCGUCAUCUACCAGCAGUCGCAAAUCAAAAGAGGCAGCAACCGCGCGACUCCAUGAGUAUGCUCCCGACCUUGCCUUGUACGAAAAAGAAAGGAAGCGUGUGGGUGGCGUUAUCUAUGGUGGUAGACGCAAGUCAGACGAAGGCCGGGUUCAGGAGAAGAAGAAGAAGCAAGCCUCAGUUGAGGCUGAAGACGAGAGCAAUGCCGAACAGACAGUGGAAACCAAACGACAGAAAAAGUCUCGGCCACCGAUUGCCAUGCAUUUGCUGAUUACGGGCUAUCAGAAGUGGGUAGGAAAGGGCAACGAGAGGAAAGAGGAUGCGGACAAGCGAGCACUUCGGGAGAUCGGUAUUAUGGUUGUCCAAGAUGCCCGGCGAUGCACUCAUUUGGCUGCGCCUUCAAUUCUGCGAACUACAAAGUUCGUCAAUGCUCUAGCGUACGCACCAAUGAUUGUGAGCACGGAAUUCAUCACUUCUUGCCUAAAGAAUGAUGAGCUACUCAAUCCCUUGGAUUUCCCUCUGGAGGACAAAGAGGCCGAAAAGAAGUACAAUUUCGACCUUUCUUCCGUUACAGAAAACGCGAAGAAAAACAAAAACAAGAUGUUGCAAGGGUAUCGUAUCUAUUGCGUUGAAGAUGUUCGAGGUGGGUUCGAUGCAUUCAAGUCAAUCGUUGAAGCAAAUGGCGGGGAGUGCAUGCUCUUCCGCGGCCGUCUGGCCCUGGCGAGCAGCUCUCGGCGGGAGGAGAGUGACGACGAAGAAAUCGAACCAGAAGAUGAUCACCCCGCACGGCAUGAGGUCUUCCUUCUCAGCAGUGCCACAACCAAGCACAGUCGAGUCUGGUCACGAUUUCGUCAAGUGGCACUGGAUAUUCAGAAGACUCCGCGCAUCGUUCGCGUUGACUGGCUCCUCGACAUGGCCAUGUCCCAAUCCACACGUGCCGCCGACGAGUACGAGUUGACCGAUGAGAUGGUUGAAGACAUGGAGGAGUAA